UUAGUAGAGUCAAUAUUUUGCCGGUGCCAGUAUGUGAUGGAAUGUCCACAGUGUGCUAACAUGCGCAACUUUUUUAUCAGCGAUUUAUUAUCAGAGCAGUAUUAUAUAACUGUCAGUGUGUAUGUGCUGCGUCUCGCUCUCACGCGGGCGGCGAGCGCUAAGCGACGAGUGUGCGAGCGAGAUGCAGCAUGUUGCAUUAAAUUUCGAUCCUAUUCUGUAAUGUUUUGUCCAAUCGCGUCCGAUCUCUGCGUGUUCCGGUUCUUUGUCAUCAAUGGGUUGCCGGGCGAGUCCAUUUGUAGUGCCACUCGAAAAUGUUUUACGCUAUAUUUAACAGAGAUUUUGAGCUAUGAAACGAUUAGUUAUCCGUGCGAUGGUUGUAUCUAUCGUUUCGAUCGUGAAUUUCGUUCCGGGGCGCAGUAUUUAGCGCAAUCGCUCUUAGGCCCUUUCGGUAUUAAUGAGUCGUGCCCACUUCAGCUGACUGCGUCGUACGCAAGGCUACUCUAACUAAACUAGUAGUAGUCCGGCGUUCGAAGGAGACGGUCGGGUGCGGACGCGUGCGAGUGAUAUGCGGAUAUGUUAUUGAGUUUUAAAAUGUUUUUGGAACGUUUCCCAUAGGCGCUCGGACGUACCGGUCGCGAUCGCGUAUAGUGCGGCCCGACCGCGCGGACUGAGUGCGGACGGCGGCCCCACGACGCUCAAUAAUGCUCAAAUUCCUGACUCACAAGCUGCGAACGCAUUCGUUGAAUGAGGAGAGCGUUUCCGAGAAGGUGGAGGAGCGCGACUCCGGCACCGAGUCGGACGACGACGCCGCCCCGCCCGGUGACUUCUGCACUGACGUCAUCAUGAAGUGGAACGACGUCACGGAUAUCAGCAUGGGCGGCGAGGCGUGCGCGUGCGCCCCCGCGCCGCCGCGCCUGCUGCCGGACCCGGAGCCCGACCACCUGUACGACCACCACUCCUCCGAGGAGGAACUAGAGGUGAUCAACGGGUUGCCGCGCGGGGCGGAGGGCGCGAGCGCAGCCCUACCGCGACCUGCGGGACCUGGCGCCGCGCCCCGCCUCCUCCGACGACGACGACACCAAGGUGGAGACACCGGUGCGUUUCCGCACGUCGCCGCCGCUGGAGGCUCUAAAGCCGCGACGCGGAGUGUGCUCGUGUGGGGUGACGGGCGCGGGGACCCUCGCGGGUGCUGCGGGGCCCGCGGGGGGCCCGGUGGGGCCGGCGGCGCGCGGCAGGGCCCCGCUGUCGCCGCGGCGCCGGCGCUUGCCGCUGCCGCCCCCUCGCCGACACCGGCCCGCGCUCGACUUCGACAAGAUGCAACAGCUGAAGGUGGGCGGCGGCGUGCGGUCGUGGCGCGCGGUGGGCGGCGCGCACGGCGGCGAGCUCUCCGUCUUCUGCUGGUGAUGCGCCGACACAGAGCGUCGGCACUGAGCCGCCCCCGCCGCCCUCGCACCGCCACCCGCUGCCGGCCGCAGCGAGCCGCCGGCAGACUGCUGCGUGCCGCCGGCGGACCGCAGCGUGUCGCCGGCAGACCGCUGCGUACCGCCGGCAGACCGCAGUGUGCCGCCGGCAGGCCGCGGCCGGGCGGCGGCCGACAUCCAGUUCCUCUGUAAAUUGCACUCUAAUAAUGAUCAAAGUACAAACUUACGAUACUAAGGGGUGUCGCCAGUCGCCACUCGGGCCGGUGAUGCAAGCCGACACUGUUUUUCGAAGAAUUUACUCGUUUUGAAUACUGUGUUUUUAUCCAUCAGUUUGAUACUCGACUAGAUUGUCAGAACGCGGGAUUUUUAAUAAAUAUUUAGUUAAUGAUGUCAACGAAACUACAAGUUUAUACGAGGCCAUCGCUCGGGUCCGUGCCCGAAAUUACUUUAAUUUGUCUAUUGUGAUAAAAUGGUAUUGUAAUGAUAUUUCAAUGGACUGAUAUCGAUCGUCGCGUCGUGUCCGCCGAGCAGCACUGUACUGUACUACACUGCACUGUACUGUGUCGGAGUCCGACGCGGCGCUCGUCACUGGAGGUGUGACAUUAUAUAAUCGCCUCGAGUUUUUGAUCUCGAAUUGCGACUGACACGCUGAGCGCGGGCCAGCCCGCAGCCGACUCCACGCCCCGCAUGCGGGCUGUGGGGACACGGACCGCAUGCGGGCUGCGUCGUGGCCCCGCAUGCGGGGAGCUGCGGGCUGACCCGCGCUCACCACACAAAACGUGAUUCCUUCGUAGAUUAACGUUUAUAUUUUACCAGUUAAAUGUCAAUUGCUAUGAAGGCUCCUGCGGGCAGUGACCGCACGAGCGCUUCGUACGAGUUGUAUCGGUUGUACUCUAGUUGUAUACUUAUGUUAGUAGUUUUUUAGCGGGGCUAAAAUAUUCUGUUACUUGUAUUGUGUUAUAAAACGAAAACGAAAAAAAAUGAAACAUAAUAAAGUUAACGUGGUGCGAGUGGAGUCAGUGAAUUUAACGAUAAAGACAUUUAACAAAUUUUCAAAUUAAUAUGAUAAAAAGUACUAAGACUUUUUUUUAAAUCGCUUGGAUAAAGAUAUUGUAUGUACAUAGCGUUAAGAGACGUAGUAUAAGUGCAGACUUAGAUGUAGUAGGUAUAACAAAUUGUAUGCGAGCGUCGCCUGCCGGCCUCGCCCGAUCUAUUGUUAACGACUUUCUUUAAUUGUGUUAUUUUUUAUUUCUGCUAGUUUCGUUACUGACGUUUCCUUGUUAUCGAGCCCAGCCGACUGCGAGCCGGCCGCGUCCAAUGUCGAUCUCCAUGUUUGCGAAUCUAUCACUAGAUAUCAAUUAUACUAAUACAUUCGACAACGCCACUCGACAUACAAAUUACAUAUUUUUACAUGAUUAUUGUCAACAUUAAUUUGUAGAAAUGAAUAAUUUUAAAUUCAUUUCAACGAUGUGUCACACUGCUGGUAUAGUUUACGCGGGAACAGCCUGACUGCCGACACUCGGUAUCGGAUGCUGAGCUGUGUCGCCUCUAGCCGACUACGAGAAUAGCAGUAAUAUGUGAAUAAUGGACAUUUUUGUAUGGGUUUUCUAGGGGAUAUAUAGCUUAUGAGUAGUCAGAUAGAGGAGAAAACAGCUCCCGACUACACGUGAAUGAAAUUGAAACACGAAUUUGCAGAUUGUUAUGUGCUCUAUACACAUUCAAUUGAAAAAUGCAAAAAAUUAAGAAAAUAUUGCAAUUUCGUGAUUUCAUAUACAUUUUCUUGUGAAACAUGUUAAACAUGUGUACUAUAAAAUGUAUUGAACUAUUUAUAUAAAUGUGUGUAAUAGCAUCAGUAACCGAGGUAGUACGUAGACUAUAUCGUGCGGCACUCGAGCCGAGCUUGCGGUCAAGUUGUUUGCAUCAAUCAGUGGUGAUAUUUUACAAAAUAAUUUAUAUUAUGUUUUUAUAUAUUAACAAGCGUAAUAAAGAGUGAGCAAAAGCACAUCUUA